AUGGGAAAUGACCCUGUGAACUUUAUGGCUGCCCUGAAAAACAUGGUCGCGACUAUGCAGGCGACAGCCAAAACGCUAGGGAAUCAAGCUGGAAAUAGGAACGACGCUAAUGGGGAUAAUAGGUCAAUGAUGGUUGCAACUUUUCUGAAGAUACAUCCACCAAUAUUUAGAGGAACCACGAACCCCACUGAGGUUGACAACUGGUUUCAAGCAAUCGAACGGGCUUUACAAGCACAACAAGUCCCUGAAGAUCAACGUGUUGAGUUUGCAACUUAUCAGUUAGCGGGUGAAGCCCAGUAUUGGUGGCAAGGGACACAACGCCUUCUGCAGCAUCAUGAUGCAGCUAUACCCUGGGAUGCAUUCCGAACUAAGUUUUACAAGAAAUACUUUCCUAACUCAGUCAGAACGGCUAAGGAGCUUGAACUGCUACAGUUGAAACAGGGUCAUAUGUCAGUUGCUGAAUACACAAAUAAAUUUGAGGAAUUGUGCCGAUUCUCUAGGAUUUGUUAG